GUCCGUGUGACUGAAGCAGGCGUGCGCGCGGCGCAGUAAGUUUGAGCUCACUCCUGCAGCGCGCGAGCUGCGUGUCAGAGCUGAGGAAGAUGAUGAUGAGGAGGAUGAUGUAUACGGGCUGUGAGUAACGCAAACAGAGCGGAUUCAGAUCUUACUACAUAGUGAGCACCUGCUGGAGGCAGUUCUGAGAGCUUGAGCUCUGGGUGUGACGGUGGUCUUUUGUCCUCCAGCUGCUUUCCUCUCUGAUGAAUUAACUGGAGUAUCCUCUCUAUUGAACUGGAUCGAGCUGGAAUUACGUUUAAUUGAAAAGUUAGGCGUGCGUAUGCUCCGUGGUUCACUGGUGCAUCCGUGUGUCCGCACACUCUCAGCGCAUCGGUAACUCAUGUGUUCCUGUGAUUAUUUGGUGCUCGUCUAAUGUCACCCCGUGAGUGAGCGCGCUCCAGAUGCACUCGCUGUUUGAUCGCAAUUGGAAAGGGCUGGGAAUCGAUCUGUCUCCGGUCUCGCUGCCCCACGCUGCUGUGAGGAUGUUCAGCUGUGUCGGGUGUUUUUGGGUGCUCCUGUCCUCCGCCCUGGUCGCGAUUUGCAGUUUUAGUUUCAUCUCACCCGCUUGGAUAGUGAAGGACCAUCUGAAAAACAAGGACUCCGUGAGUUUCGGGCUCCUGUGGCACUGCUCCGAGUCUCUGGAUCAUAUGUACAGAUGCUACACCUUUGGCGGGCUGGGCAAAUUUCAAGAGAUUCCUUCAAGCUCUUGGCAGACGAGUGCGGUGCUGUGUUCAGGAGGAUGUGCUCUGCUGGCAGUCAGCUCCCUGCUGGCCAUCAUCACCAUCUUCCUGCCCAGUGGAGCCUGUGAGAGGAGGAUCUGCACACUGGCAGGAUACAUGCAGAUGGCUGCAGUGGUCAUUAUGGCAUCUGGUUUGCUGGUAUACCCCUUCGGUCUCAACUCCAGCCUGGUCAAGUCUUUCUGCGGAGACUCGGACAUCUACUACUCCGGGGAGUGUCAGAUAGGAUGGGGCUACAUGCUGGCUAUCGUAGGUGUCAUGCUCACCCUCUUCCUGCCCUUUUUCGCCAAGUACGCCCCCAAAGAGCAGCUGUCACCCACCCCACUGCCCACUCUUUUAUAGAGCACUGAAGUCCACCACCUAUAAUAUUCAACCUUCUCAACCGUCAUAAAUAAUUAUUAAAUGAUCAACGAUUUGCGGUUGGACAGAUUGCAAAAUCUCAGCAUCAUUUGCCGUGGUUGGUAAUAAUGAUGUCAUGAAGAUGAUGUUGCUCUGGAGCAGAACUCAAGACCCUUCAUCUCUUCUGUUCUUGUUGUUUUUUGUUUGUUAGUGUCUUCCUUAAUUCGAAAAGGUCUUUUUUUUUGUCACAGUCAACCUGCCAGGUGAACCUGCUCUUUUUCCCUUCUUUCUAAUUUAUUUUCAAUCUCUGUUUUUGAUUGAAGACCUCUUAAAGACUAACUACUGAAAAUAUCGGACAAAGGACCAUGGUGCAAAUUAGUAUUUUUGAAAUUUUGUUUGCAAGGAUCAAAACCAAAAAUAGCAAAUUAAAUUACAAUUGAUUAACAAUUUCCAAUAUAUUUAACUAAGAUUGGUCCGCAUGCAAUGAAAGGAUAACAAAAACAAAUGGUAGGCCCUUCAUAAAUGGACUUCUUCUAAAGGAUCCAACAGGUUUAAAGGCAUCAAGUUCAUUGAGAGAAACUGAACUCAAGUCUGAAAGUUUCUAGCACCUGAUAUAAGUACCUAUUCAAGGACCAACACUGUGGCUUCAGUAAACUGAAACAUUUUUAUCCUCCACACUUGUUUUAAUUUACUGGCAUCUGUCUGAAUUUUCUUGAUUUUGUUUCUCAUAACUCGGCGAGGGCCAUUAAGGAACUGUAUUGACAGUAUGGACCAGGCCGUUGCUUCAAACUGCCAUGGAUGGACCACAAGCAUGGACUUUCCUCAGCUGUAUGUGAAAGUGAAAUGAUCCCACAAGUAAAACCAUUUGUUUUCCCGAACUGAGUGAACAGCAUAUGUUGUGAAGUCUCCUUUUGCGUUCUUUACUGUAACACCUUCUAGUACUGAAUUAUUCAGGACUGCACAAACCAGGAGCAGGACGGUUCUUAGUUAAAGUUGGGCUUAGUUAACACUGAGACACUACGUUCUGGAAAAUACCAACUGCUAACCAACUUGUGCCUUUUGACCAUUGCUAAGACUUAAGUACCUUUCAUCAGGUAAUCUUUGUAAAUGCUUUCUUGUUGGAUUAACAUUGUGUGAUUAUUUCUGUAUGUCACUAUCUUUAAUGACGAUUAGUUUUAGCUGAACGUUUUUAAUGUUUGCCCCAAGCUGAUGGCCUGUUUUGUUUUGAAGGGGUUGCAAAAAAGAACAAAACGAUGAAAGCUAAAUUAGCAAGUCAUUGAACAAGACAGGACGACCAAAUCAGUCUUGAUUUGUGGAUUUCUUUGGGAAAUUUGCUGUAAUGAUCAAAUUAUGCUAGUGUGCUAUUGCAUUGACACUUGGCACAGCAAUACGUUGAAGCUAAAGCUUCCACUCGGAUCUUUCCAUAUUGCACAUGGCUCACUUUUGCUGUUCUGUUGAUCCAUUCGUGUGUUAUGUGUUCAGACUGGCUAAAACAUUGGCACUCAACUGCCCACUUUCGUAGAUUUAACACCAAAUUCAAUUCUGAAAUAGAUGUGCUAACAGCGAAAUACCCCCCACCCCCAAGAUGUGUGUACUUGUAAUUGUUAAGGGUAGCUGAGGCUCAGAGGACAGAGCACAACUUUAAACUGGCAUGAGAUGUCAAAUAUAACAGGCCCCUCUAAAUGUGUUUAUGCAGUAGUACACUGGCGUCCUCCGAUUGCCUUUAUGGUGAUGGCAACUUGCAUUACUGAGUUCUUGUAUGUAAAGUCUGACCACUGGUAGAUCUUAGAUUAGUGCUGUGGGUUUCCCGCUGUGUUUUGGUUGUAAAUAAUUCUGUAACAUGGCAUCCUGAUGGUUGGUUCCCUUUUGAAAGUUAUAUUUUGCGAUGUUACCUCACCAUUGUGUUUGUUUAACCUUUGACAUCUUACAAAAAAUUGCUGUUAUGUGUUUCUUCUUUGUAAUAAAGCAUUUCAUA